CACUAGAGAACUUCACUCCCAACUUUCAGCAACGCGGGUCACGCAGCAGCAGGAAUAGGCGUGACGAGGAAGUAGCAACGCGAGUAUUUUCCCUCAACAACCCAUCAGAGACGCUUACCAAUGGAAAUUUGUUUCGUGAACGCCAUUCACGUAACACGACGGAUACACGACGGUCGGUGCACGUACGGCAUUCCAAGCUCGUCAUUGCACGGUAAAUAGCAGAAGACCUUGGAUGGCACACGCUUGCUGUUGGUGCUGUUACGUUGUGAGCGCAUCUUCGAGGUGAACCCACGGGUCUACAGGUGGGCCACGAUGGACAUUGAAGAAGCACUUCGAAAUCACCGACGCACGUACGCGGGCGGUCGGGGUCUUCGACGUACGGUUGUGUGCAACUGCGCCUCGUACUGUUAUUUUUCCCUGGCGAUUGUGCUCUUUUCGCUGGGCACGGUGCUGACCAUACUCGUGUUGGAUGACAGUGACAAGGUUUUUCCCAACCUGACUCAUAUGUGGCUCAUUGGGCCGAUAUUUAUCAGCUCCGGACUGAUGUUCGCUGUGAAAACAAUCAUGUAUCUUAGACGUGAGACUAUGCUUGCUUAUCUGUCAAGACAACAUUCCUUCUUGAGGGAACUCCAGUUAGCAGCAAUGGAGCCCUCCUAUUUUAGCCGGAGCCUAAAUGGAGCAUCUCCGCCGCCACCACCUUACGAUGUUGUAGUGAGGGAGGGAGAACAGCGGCCGCUCAACCCCAACCACACUAUGCUGAACAACAACAACAACAACAACGUGGUCACUCCAACAGAAUCGUCCCCACCGUCGUACGAGGAAGCCAUGCUGCUCAGCCGCACAGACAGAUCUGAAGAACACGAGACUGAGGACACUGCAGAUAUCUCAAAGGAUGUGGAGACAAGUGACAAUCGACAGCCACGAUCUUCAUGAGGCCGGUUGACUGUCCUGACACCAAUACAUAAUCUUCGACGUAGGGCUUGGAGGACCGGAUGACCUCGCGUAGCGUUUUGAUCUGUAUGCAGCUGUGAUGUUAACCUGGUUGUAGAGACAAAGCUAGCGUGACUGUCAAGCUAAGUCGCUUUAUAAUCACCCAGACUAUGCAUGUAGAACAUCGUCCUCGAGACUUGAUCUGGGUAGGCAUACUCUACUUAAGGCUUUGACCCAAGAAGCCCUCUUGUGGAGCUGUUUAUAUACACUCUGAUAUCAGGAGUAACUGAAGCAUAAAGUGGCUGUUAUUACACAGCCUCUUUCGACAGCCAUCUCUGCAUAGAUGGCAGGCCUUCACUUGAUUUCCAAAGUGGAGUAAUGAUAGCCUAGGCAAUGGUACCCACAUGCUGCAAAACUAUUCCUGGGUACUCUCACCUUGACAGAAACCUCAGUGUGUGUUACUCACUCAAGACCCUGCGAGUUACCUUCGUGUGAGACGUCUGGUGCACAAAUGGAAAAGCAUGGUUGAGAUAUGUUAAACCAUGGCCUCCACCUUUAAACAUGUAUCGCGGGACAAGCUGUAUUCUUUCAUACGUCACUCCCGCAUACUGAACUAUGCGCACAUCUGAAAAAAUGCCAACGUUGUCAGUAGUCGCAUAGGAAGAAUGGAACGCAGUGGCAGAUGCGCUCCUAUGCACUGGUUUUCGUAUUCCAAUAACUAAGCUUUUCUCCGCAAAACAUCUCUGGCUUGGGCAGUGAUAAAAGGGCCCACCCACUUUGACAUGCGCACACUAAUACCGCUCUUGGUUUCCUCCCCUGUUUGUGCCAACCAGAGCCGUAGCGAGGCAAGUUUGGGCCCAGGGCAGGGUAAAUCUGAAGACCCCCCCCCUGUAAACGAAGAAAUGAAAACGCUUGUUUGCUCUGCCGAGAUCGUAAAUUCAAAUUUUAUUCGUUACCGCUUUAUCCUGUCCAACCAACCAUCCAGGGCCUGCCGUUCGGCGCCCUCUUUGGAGAGGGUGCCCGGGGCGACUGCCCCCCCCCCCCCGUCGCUACAGCUCUGGUUCGAACAUUCUCCUCCACUUUUGUGCAGAGCCCAUAACAUGCUCAUUCUUUGCUUCUGUCAAGCUCAACGUACUCGAACAGGGUACAUGCCGAAAUCACAUUCCCCUGCCAUCUCGAGGAGUCUUUGUUCUUGCUAUGACAUCGUAGAAUCGUGAUCUGUGAUUGAGCAGCAGUCACACAUACUGCGUGCUUGCUCUAACGGACUUGUCUUAUUAUUGUACGAAGGAUACGUAUCGCUAGAAGAAUGAAGGCAUGGCCUUUGCCUUCAAACUAGGCUGCCGAGGCUGUGAUGGUAUGCAGUCUGUUAUUCCAUCUGUUUUAAAGUUCUCAACUGCUUUUGAUUGUUGUGGCACCUAACAGCCUUCAUGACACUAUGUUGAGAACAUUACCGUGGUUAACAAGUACGGGGUGUGUCAUAUUAUUUCAUAUUUGCAAAACAAAGUAACGUUACUGUGUUUGGUGCGAUUGAUUAGGACAGCUAGCUGUGUGUUGCACGGUGGUUAGGGUGCCUCAGAAAAAGGCAUUCCUACUUACAUCAUGCAAAUGACCCAUUCAUUUAAUUGGGGGAUGCGCAUAUUAAUCGGGGUAUCUACCAACCUGGAAAACAGGGAAUUGUCAGGGAAUUUGCUAAAAAGCAGUUGACAUCAGGGAAAAUCGCAGACAAGCACUGUGACAACGCGCAGCAAAUCGCGAGUGUGGGUCAGUGGUUAAGCGACCAUACCGCAGCAACAUCACGGUAAGUAGCAGUUCGCCAAUACGACAAGCUCCGAGGCAGAAAAGUAAGGCAGCCUUACUCAGUAAAUUAUCCGUUUUAUCAGGGAUCAGUAUCAAAACGGUGGAGUAGGCACCAAGUUCCCUUUUGUUUUGGUCAGGGAUUUGCUUCAAAUAGUUGGUGAAAACCUGGAAAGGUCAGGGAACUUGAAGGCUGCAAUUUGGUAGACACCCUGGUAAUAAUAUGCAAGUUGAUUACUACACAAAAUAAAUUGUGGGUAUACCACUAGGGAUCCACUGUACCUGUGAGGACGUGGUCAUGACCCAGGUGUGUAUUGCAACUGAACAGGUAGGGCAGAGGUUUUCCCGGAGUCCACUGGACACUGCCUAGCACCCACCAAAGAUCUUACACCACCACAAAAAGAAAAAAAAAGAAAAGAAAAAACACAACAGAUAGGAAGAUCUGAAAGCCCAGCUGAUAUAGGUGUCACACUCCCCUUCCCCUAUGGAAUUCUGAUAUGCUACGACUGACUCUGUGCAUGGGAGAGGGAAAAGUUUGGAUAAACCAUGUGACUAAUACCCCUGUCACGCGACAAAGUGAAUGUCAUUCCCAACGAAUGACAGUCACGUUGAAUGUCAUUUUCAGCAAGUUGGAGCUACAUGGCAAAGAAAGAUGUCGUUCGCUACUGACGAUGAAAUAGUUUGACUGUGUUAUGCGUGAAUAUUGGUGGGCCUUUCGUAUAAAGUUAUCAUCUACUUUAACAACUAUAUUUAUGAAUGUCGUUGGCAUAACCAAACUAUUUGCUUUGCUUCGACGAUCGUGUAAUAAGUCACAAGCACAGGCAAGUACGUAACUGAACCUCAAUCGACAGGCAAGAUGGUGGCUAGUACGACUGUAUGGCGUUUAGGCAUGGCACAAAUCAGCUUGGCACUGAACGAGUCGACUUGAAACAAGAGUAGGUUUUGAAAAUUGUGUAAAGACUCCCUUUUUUUUAAUUUCAGAAACGAAAAACUUAUGGGACGAUAACUUUCCAUCAGCGUUUCUUUUCCUUUUGCUAUUGACGUUGGGUUUUGCUGCCCCUCUGCCGCCGAAGGAGUGCAGUUGGUGCAAGAGGAAAAAGCAAAUGAGCUCCCCGAACUGCCAUUUGGUGUCACCGUGUGGCACAGAAGGAAUGUCAGUCGCUGGGAAUGGCAUUCAAUUUGCCGUGUGACAGUGGUAGGCGUUUGUCCACUCACAAGACGGCGAUAAGGGGGUACUUGUGGGCCAGCAUGGGUCCACAGUAGAAACCAGGUGCGCCUCAACCUUGAAAUGUUGCCCCUUUAUUUGGGAGAGGGAGCAAUGAACUUGCUCCACAGAUAACAGGAGGAGAGUGGAGUGGGAGACUGGGGAGCUGCACAGACAGCUGAUCUACUUGCAUAGUGUCUACGUUUCUGAGAUGAAAUUGCUGUGCAAGUCCCUGAGGUAGGGUAAAAAAACAAUGGAUGUCAGCCUGGUCGAUAGUGUGUUGUGCGAGGGACCCAAGCGUACAGGUUGCCUCGGCUCGUGUUUGUGCCUUCGUGACUUCCCCAGCUUCUGGCCUCCCUGCACGCUGCAAAAAAAACGCGGUACUAAAGAGAGAGAACGAUAUUACUCCCUCGCAAUUCUCUGUGUUGCAUAUCAGCGUAGAGGCUUAAUUUCCUGGUCAUGCGAACUUUGUACUUCAAAGUGGUAUUCUGUUUCGUUACAAGUUACCAGAUCACGAUUAGGCUACCUGGAUAGAGAACAGCUACAGCAAACCUGACGUUGUCUUUAAACGCGAUGCAAGGAACCAAAUGUAACCUUCGUUUCUCGUUAUCAUUUUGUUGGAGUUAUAGGUUGAACGGGAGAGGAGGAAAAAUGUUGGAGUUGUUUUCAGCCUUCGUUUUAGAAGGAUGUCCUUCCUUGGUUCUACAUACACGAGAGUGAUUGAAGAAAUUGUAAAUAUUUUGUGCUACUAUUUCUAUGCCUAUGCUAGGGUGAGGUUUCAAAGUCAGCAAAGGGACCAAGUGGUGCUCGAAAGCAAGCAAGAUGCGCAAAAUAUAUUUUAGAUACCCAAAUGGCCUGUAAAUAGUAAUAAAUGUAAUAAAUGCAUUGUAUCAUUUGA